CCCCGGCUCCACAGAAAAAUGUUCAUAAACCUAAAACAAGCAUAGAAUUUCAAUCCCUCUACCUAAAUUUGUAAAUCUAGAACAUCCCCAAUUUUUCAAACUUUGAAAUCCUAGAAUUCAAAUUUCGAAUAAAAUUGUAGAACCAUAGGCAUAUUAACCGGAAAAUGCAAGAAGAAGACUCGGUGUGUGUUGUAGGAGGAAUGGAAAGACCCAGUUUGUGAUGCUGCGGUGGAGGAGGUAAUGGCGGAGACGAGAUGCUGCGAUCCCCUUUUCCGCGAAACACAAUCGAUAAAGAGAUGCUGCAAUCGACGAGCUUCUUCUUCUCGUCGUCACCCCUGCUCGCCGCCUUCACUGUCGUCGUCGAAAUCCGGCUCGUCGCAGUCGAAGAGAUGCUGCAAUCAACGAGCUUCUUCUUCUUGUCGUCACCCCCUGCUCGCCGCCUUCACCGUCGUUGUCAGAAUCCGGCUCGCCGCAGUUGAAGAGAAUUGGAACGGUAGCCGCAAGCGAAGAGAAUUUGAAUGAAGAAUAGGAACGGAGAAGCACAACCCUUUCCCUAUUUCGAUUUGAUUUUUUUAAUAUUAUCAAACUUGUCAACCGGUGCAACAAGUAAUCAAUACCAAAAUAAAUAAAAAAUUAAUUAAUUCAACAAGAUCCAAUGGUUCACAAUAUUUAAUAAAAUCCAAUUGCUAUAAACGAAUUAAAGCAUCAAUGUUAUAAAGCAUACUAAAAUGC